CACAAGAGGCUGCAGGACAUUACUGACUAGUGCAGACAUGCGGGUGGCGGUGAUAGGAGCCGGAGUCAUCGGCCUGUCGACGGCUCAGAGCAUCUAUGAGCAGUUCCACUCCACCGUCAGUCCGCUGACCAUUGAGGUGUACGCAGACCGCUUCACGCCGCUGACCACCAGUGAUGGAGCAGCGGGAUUCUGGCAGCCCUACCUCUACGAUAAAGGCAACGUCCAGGAGACAAAAUGGAAUAAGGAGACCUUUGACUACUUGCUGGGCUUCCUCAAGUCAGCGGAGUGUGUGAACAUGGGUAUUUUCCUCCAGUCUGGCUACAAUGUCUGCGAUGAACCAUCACCGGAUCCCUCGUUCAAAGACACCGUCCUGGGAUUCAGACAACUUACAGAACGAGAGCUGCAGUUGUUCCCCGGUUAUAUUUUUGGAUGGUUCAACACUGCGCUCAUGGUGGAAGGCAAAACAUAUUUACCCUGGCUGAUGAAGUGGUUGCAGGAUAGGGGUGUGAAAUUUCAUCACAAGAAAAUAGAAUCAUUCAAAGAGCUGGCUGAGGCCGGAGCAGAUGUGAUCAUAAACUGCAGUGGGAUGAGAUCAGGAGACCUCCAGCCGGACGCAGAGCUGAAACCAGGCCGCGGUCAGAUAGUGAAGGUGGAGGCUCCGUGGUUGAAGCACUGGAUUAUAACUCACAAAUUUUCCAAAGGAACCUACAAUUCUCCAUACAUCAUUCCAGGGAGUCGUCUUGUGACAGUCGGUGGAACCUUCCAGUUAGGAAACUGGAGCGAACAGAACAACUCAGCUGAUCACAAGAACAUCUGGGAAGCUGCUUGUGAGCUGGAGCCCAGCCUCAAGCAUGCCAGAAUAGUAGAGGACUGGACCGGCCUCAGGCCUAGUCGAAGCAAAGUCCGCCUGGAGAGGGAGACCAUACAAUGUGAUGGAGCUGAAAUAGAGGUGAUACACAACUAUGGCCAUGGGGGUUUCGGACUCACCAUUCACCGGGGCUGUGCCCAGGAAGCAGCCAGGCUCUUCGGUCAAAUAGCCGAACAAAAAGGCAAAAUUCCAAAAGCCCGCUUGUGAAUAUGGCAGCAGCAGUAGUAAUGAAUGCUUUCCUUCUUCAAAUCCCAACUUCAGUUCUUAUUUAUACUGAAGCUAAUCUAGAAGUUUGUUAUUUAAUUUCAGAUACAUGUCA